UUCCAAAAAGUGAGCGCGCUGUCGACAGCAUAGCCUGACGAGGCACCUGCCUGCCACAGAGGCAGCCACGCCUGCCGAGGAGCACCAAGCACUGUCCCUGCCGAGCCAGGACUGAGUUACUCAUGGAUGCUCCACAGGUCAGGUGGUGCGCAGGCGCGGAGGCUUAGGAGGGGAAGAGCAGGGCCAGGAGGAGGAGAAGAAAAGGGGGCGUGCCCGAAAGCAGAGUCCGACCCGGAAGAGCGAGUGAGACCAAGCGUUCUCCGAGCGGGUUAGAGGGACGACGGUGUGGCGGCGGCGAGAACGGAGUUGUGCGCGAGCGUUUGUGUCUCCCUGUUACUGGGCAGCCAUGGCUGGAUCCGCGCAGGGGCCGGUAGGGAGGUUGCGGCACUUGUGCUACCGCUAUCAGGACUACGUGAAGCGGCAUCCGGCGGCCACUACACAGCUGGAGAGCGCCGUGCGGGGCCUCUCCUACCUGCUGCCAGGUCGGUUUUCUGACUCUCAUGAACUGUCUGAGUUGGUUUAUUCCACCUCCAAUUUGCUGGUGCUGCUCAAUGACUGGAUACUUCAGAAGGAGCUGCAGCCAUCCCUCCCUGUGUCGCUUCCCCAACAGAAACUGUUAACGUGGCUGAGCAUCCUCGAAUGCGUGGAGGUCUUUGCAGAGAUGGGGGCUGCCAAAGUGUGGGGUGAGACUGGCCGAUGGGCCAUCAUUGUCCUCAUCCAGCUAGCCAAAGUCAUCUUGCGCCUCCUGCUGCUGCUCUGGUACAAAACUGGCAUCCAGACUUCUCCUCCUGUUUUGCCUCUAGAUAGGAGACAGUCGUUGCAGCGGAAAGAUACAGAGGGCAAUCUGAUAGGGAAGGAGCAGAUAUACGUGGGGAAGCGCUCUAGCCGCGUCUUGAGAUCCCUCAAUAGCACCCCAUCCCUCCACUCCAGACAUUGGGGGGCACCUCAGCAAUGGGAGGAGGAGCAGAACCGAAGAGCAAUGGAGAUAGACCAGCCACCGACCCCCUUGAGCAUCCAGGAAACCAUUGCGGAGUCUGUCUACAUCACCCGCCCAUUGCUCCACUUGAUGAGUUUAGGUUUAUGGGGACAGAGAUCUUGGAGACCCUGGCUCCUAUCGGCAAGCUUGGAUAUUGCAAGCUUGAGUUUACUGAGUGACAUGAAAGAUCUUAAUAAGCGUGAGCGUGUGGAGCUGAGGCGCCGGACUGUCCUCCUACUGUACUACCUGCUGAGAUCUCCCUUCUAUGACAGAUACUCUGAGGGCAGAAUCCUCUUUUUGCUGCGCCUGCUAGCAGAUUAUGUCCCUGGAGUUGGCUUGGUCACUCGGCCAUUGAUGGAUUACUUGCCAGCCUGGCAGAAAAUUUAUUUCUACAAUUGGGGUUGACUUGGCCUCUGCUUGGGUUAUUACGUCCAGGGGUGGCUCAGGCUAAAAGUAGAAGCUUGUGGUGAGAGGAUGACUUUAUACCAAUGGAGACAAUUGUGAAACUUUAAAAAACGACAGCACCACAACUUAUGUCUUUCUGUGGCUUAUACUAAUGAUUACCAAGAGAAGAGUAAGGGCUCUUCUCACAUCUUUUUUUUUAAAGUCUCUUUCUGUGAACUAAGAACACGGUAAAGAGUUCCUAUACUACUCCCCUUUCCAUUCUGAUAUAACUAGUUUUGGAGUGGGGGGGGGGAGAAUGACCCUUUUUUUUGUAUUCAUUUUCUAUGGCUAUGAAUUAAUAAAGCUGGGAGUUGGCAGUG